UUUCGAUCAAAACGCCGUCAGUUCUCUGUGUCCAAUCUCAGCCGUUGAUUCCGUUUAAUCAUAGUUUUCAAUUUCUCAUCUUCUCCUUCGACGUCUGAAACCCAACGGCUCUGUGCGCCGCGUCCGCAACUGGUUUUCAUCGUUGAAACUCAGCCCUGUCUGCUGCCGUGCCCUUCCUAGGUUUCGUGCUUUUCUUUUCGUUUCUUGUUGGUGGAAGGUCGUCUGGAGACUCUGAAAGUAUAAUUUGGUUUUCAUAAAUUAAAUUUCUUAUCUUGCACGAAUGUUUAAAUGGAAUUGGAUUUUCUUUUUCAAGAGCUAGGCUUUGCAACAAUUGGAGCUGAUACUGCCGUGCCCUGUGGGAGUCUUUUUAGACCUUCUGUUUUUUUUUUUUUUAUCAACGAUGAGAUUCUAUCAGUCUGGGUUUUCAUUUUGAAGUAAACUGAUUGAUGAUUGAUGCAAUGGAGCUAUGAGAGCCACGGUGAUCGAUUGAUUUGAGGGUGUUCGAUAAAAUCCCUGGACAACACUCUAUGCCAAAGUGAACUCCUGGUUAUAAAAAAAGCUGUCUUUCUAUAGCCACCAUUCUCAUUGAAGUGCUGAGCCAUUCCAUUCAGGCCCUUUGCAUAAUGAAUUAUUGUUCAGGCCAUUGAUUAGUGGUGUUUCCAAUAACAAUUGGCAAUCACAUCUAGAUAGUUCUGCGAGUUUUGAAGUGCUUGUGAUGGCUUUGUUGCAUUAAGAAUGAUGAAGACUUUGUUCCUUCCUUACCAAGUAUUAAACUUUUCAUCUAAAAAAUUUGAAGUGCAUCAGCGCCUGCAUUCUAAAGUACCGAAGAUGGAGCUUACUAUUACGCAACCUGAUGACUGGCAUCUUCACCUUCGUGAUGGUGACCUUCUCAAAGCUGUAAUCUCUUCCAGUGCAAAGCAUUUUGGAAGGGCGAUAGUUAUGCCAAAUUUAAGGCCACCCAUUACUAGCGCAGCUGCUGCCUUGGCUUAUCAAGAGUCCAUCUUUAAAGCACUGCCUAGAGACAGCAACUUCACUCCCCUGAUGACCCUUUACCUAACAGACAUGACAGGCCCUGAUGAGAUUAAAGUUGCUAAAAGAAGUGGUGUUGUUUAUGGUGUGAAAUUGUAUCCUGCUGGUGCCACCACAAACUCUCAAGAUGGUGUUACAGAUCUUCUUGGAAAAUGUCUUCCUGUUCUAGAGGAGAUGGUUCGGCAGAAUAUACCAUUAUUGGUUCAUGGGGAAGUCACAGAUCCAAGUGUUGAUAUUUUUGAUAGGGAAAAGGUCUUUAUUGAAACAAUUUUAGAGCCUUUACUUCAAAGGCUUCCACAGCUGAAGGUGGUGAUGGAGCAUAUCACUACCAUGGAUGCUGUUAAAUUUGUAGAAUCUUGCAAGGAAGGUUAUGUGGCUGCAACUGUUACACCACAGCAUCUUCUUCUGAACCGCAAUGCUCUGUUCCACGGUGGCUUGCAGCCCCACAAUUACUGUCUUCCAGUGCUCAAAAGAGAAAUUCACAGACAGGCUAUUGUCUCUGCUGUUACCAGUGGAAGUAAAAGGUUUUUCCUUGGAACCGAUAGCGCUCCUCAUGAAAGACAUAAAAAAGAAUGUCCUUGUGGAUGUGCUGGCAUAUACAACUCCCCUGUUGCUCUAUCACUCUAUGCAAGCGUCUUUGAAGAGGCUGGUGCGCUCGACAAGCUGGAGGCCUUCACAAGCUUUAAUGGACCAGACUUCUAUGGCCUUCCAAGAAACAGCUCAAAGAUUAAACUGAGGAAGGCUCAAUGGAGGGUGCCCGAGUCUUUUUCCUUUCCGUUUGGAGACAUUGUCCCCAUGUUCGCCGGCAAAACGCUUGAAUGGGAGGCAAUCCUUGUGUGAUUGAUCCAUGUGUCUUCUAUUAAUAGCCCAUCGUCUUUAUGCAGACUUUCUGAGAAUAAAGGAAGUUCAUUUAAUACAACGAGACAUCCAUGAAGUUUCAUGGAAGUGUCCCAUCCAACAUUAUUUUAUAUUUUUGGCAAUGACUGCAAUAUUCCCAGUCAUUCUACAAGUAAAACUUAUUUUAUAUUUUUGGUGAAAGGUUGUAAUAUCAUAAUCGAAAGAUAUGUUGUGUUCCCAAACUAAAAGAAUCAUGAGCUUAUAUGGAAAAGCGUAGAAAUAUUCUGCCUUCCUCCCCACUUUUGAAAUUCUAAUUCAGCAUAUCGUCAUAAUUUUUCUCGACCCCUUUGGGUUUUGAUAGUUUCAUGAUGUAUAACUUUACUAUCUGACAGUUGAAUGAACAAAUUGUUCUG